AUGGCCGGUAAAAUUCCUAAACCUAGCGAUGUUGAUGCCGCUAACAUCCAAAGGCCAACUGUUCAGCAACUUUCGGCCGAACAACAGAAGGCUCUUGACGACAUCCAGAAGAAGAUCAGAGAGGAGGAGAAGGAGAUCCAGAAGCUGGAGGAAGAAGCCAUGAAGCAGUACAUCUCGCACUUCUCCAUCGACCGACAAGGGAAGGUCACGACGGAUGCCGGCUUCGAUGCUUCACAGUUUGAGGAAGCUCCAGCAAAGAAGGUCCCUGAAGAUUCAUUGAAGAAUUCAACGCUCGGGGGGCAAGAACAGAAGAAGGGCGCCAGGUCUGCUCAGACCGGUCUGACCGGUCGAUCUGGAAUUUCUGGAAAGAAUUCCAGAAACAAGAAAGAAAAAGAAAGGCCGAGUUUUAAAGAACUCUUGGCCAAAUAUGAGAAUAAAGGAGUCGUCCAGAAGCAGAGGGAACGACCGGACAAAGUCAAGGAUACAAAUCCGUCAUCGUCCCAAGAGCAAUCGAGUUUGAGCUAAGGUAAUUCAUUUAAUGGACCGAUUGCUCCAUGGUAUUGCUGGUAUCCUUGUUAUAUGCCUUUGGAUUAUAGUAGGAUGCACAUGCAGUCAUAUUAUAUUCAUUAUCCUCCUAUAUAUUCAAGCUUUGCUUCACAAAGAUCGAUUAGCGAUAAUCUGGUCAAAAAGAACAUUGAUUGCAGCAAGGAGUGUGAAAAGAACAUAAAACAAGAUUCAAAAUAUCUACAGCCGAAGUGGUGUCCUUCAGGUUUGUCUCACACCCAAAAGAGGAGGCUGCAAAGGAUGCGCAAGAAAGAAUCCAUGGAACAGCAAGCAGAGGUUAUACCAACAAGGUCGACGACCAUGAAGCAGGUAUGGAAGCCCAAGCAAGUUGUUUCAUCAUCAACUUGAGGAAGAAGCAAGAUACGGCCGAUAAAUCGUUAUCGCCAUUAGACAAUUUUGGUUCAGAAGAGUGUUCUUUGGCACGCAAGCUUUGCCAAAGAACAGGGGGGCAUAUGUUGACAACCAAAAUUGGCAUUCGACAAUACCGACCGGUCUGACCGGUACGCCC